UGCCCUGAACAAGUUCAGCUGCUGUCUCCUAACCUGCCGCGUGCUUCUGACGACAGCGUGACUACAGCUUGUUCUUGGAGAUCGCUGUUUUCCAGCUUCAACCUGCGUGUUUGGGGCUAUGGGUGAAAAAGUAAAGGAAAGACAGAUGUCUCUAUCCUACCUAGCAACUGAUGAUACCAGAUACCUUUCCCUGUUCUUAUUGGAGAAGGCCUUUCGAAUUGCUCAAUUUACCAAAUUUCUCCGUGAGCCGGUAGAGUACAGGUUCUCAAAAGAUUCACCAGGGGCCUGUCAACGCUUGAGAUAAAAGAAUCUGGAAAGAAAAGGAAGUUAGUUGGGGUUAAUGAUGCUCCUCUUCCCUCUCCUCACAGUACUCUGGGUACAGCACAGCCACGCCCGGACUCACUCCCUGAGAUAUUUUCGUCUGGCUGUUUCGCACCCUGGCCCUGGAGUCCCUGAAUUUAUCUCUGUUGGGUACGUGGACUCACACCCUAUCACUACAUACGACAGUGUCACCCAGCAGAAGGAGCCGAGGGCUCCAUGGAUGGCGGAGAACCUGGCACCUGGUCACUGGGAGAGGUACACUCAGCUGCUGAGGAGCUGGCAGCAGACGUUCAAGGAGGAGCUGAGGGGCCUACAGAGGCACUACAACCACUCAGGGCUUCACACUUACCAGAGAAUGAUUGGCUGUGAGUUGCUGGAAGAUGGCAGCACCACAGGGUUUCUCCAAUAUGCAUAUGACGGACAAGAUUUCAUCGUCUUCAAUAAAGACGCCCUCUCCUGGGUGGCUGUAGAUAAUGUAGCUCAAAUCACCAAGCGGACAUGGGAGGCCAACCUGCAUGAGUUGCAAUACCAUAAGAACUGGCUGGAAAAGGAAUGCAUUGCCUGGCUCAAGAGGUUCUUGGAGUAUGGAAAAGAUACCCUAGAAAGAACAGAACCUCCAGUGGUAAGAACAAGUCGAAAGGAAACGUUUCCGGGGAUUACAACUCUCUUCUGCAGAGCUCAUGGCUUCUACCCACCAGAAAUUUUCAUGACGUGGAUGAAAAAUGGGGAAGAAAUUGCCCAAGAAGUGGAUCAUGGAGACGUGCUUCCCAGUGGGGAUGGAACCUAUCAAACGUGGGUGUCGGUUGAUCUGAAUCCUCAGAGCAAAGAUGUUUAUUCUUGUCAUGUGGAGCACUGUAACCUCCAAAUGGUUUUUGAGGCUCCUCAGGAAUCAGAAAGCGUUUUAGUAGUGAGCAUGGCAUCUGGGACCAUAAUCUUCACCAUUGUCCUGGCUGGAGUUGGCAUUCUGAUCUGGAGAAGAAGGUCUCAAGGUGAGAGGUGUGAAGGGCUCUAGGGGGCUGAUUGCGGUCCCCUUGCUGCAGCUCCCAAGACUUUUGUUUACUGUGUCUGCCAUGCUGGUUCCAUUUAGAAGCUGCUCAACCCUCAUGUUGAGAUCACCGGAGGGCCUGGGACAAUUUCCCCCUCUAUGGAGAAAAUAUCUGUUAAUUGUCCCACUUUUCACAACCAUUCUUCUAUCUGAAUUAUAUAAGAAAGUCCUCCUCCUUCAAAAUUCACCUCUCAGACAUGAACUGCUUACAAGAGGAUGCCUUUGGAAAAUAGGGCUUGAGAUAAGGAACGGGGAAGGAGAAGCAGGAGACACGCUUUCAAUGGCACAGAUGACAAGCCCAUUCCUCAGACAGGCACUACUGUCUGCUGUGCUUUAAGCUCCAAUCUGGCUCGUGGGAAAGAGCAA